AAAUUACUGAAACGACGGUCAACGAGUAAUGCACAAGUUUCGGCCACCGGUGAACGUAACAUCUCCCGACGCUCACCGUCAUCCAAAAAGCCAACAUCAUCUACCAGUUUACAAUCAUCAAAAACUGCCAAAUCGAGCAAUCAGAGUGGUAAUGCCACGAAAGAGAAGCAUAGGCAUUCUGCGGCAAUUGUAACAAGUACUAAUCAAUCCAAGGAAAACAUACCCGUGUUGACAUCUGCAGGUACUAGUGCUAGUGCUGCCACUGUGCCUUCAACAGAUUCAGCAUCUGUUGCCGGAAUGCCGAUGCCGUUGACGAGACAUACGAAGAGUCAAGCAGCUAGUUCACAGUAUAGAACAACAACAACAACCACAACGACAACCAAAAGUGGCAGUUCUUCAACGGAUCAGAUGAAUAAUGAUUCAAUGCGAUUGUAUCGACGAACGCGAUUCGAUGGUAUGACAAAGCUGUCACUCGAUGAAAAGGAAUUCUCGCACUCGGAGGAUAUCAAGAAGCAAAUCUUAGGCGCACAUACUGAUAAGGAUAUCAAAUAUGGACCAGCACAUAUUCCGUUCGAUGCAAGACCAAGCGUUGCUUACAUCAAACGUAACAAUCGUGGUAUUGUCCAGCAGCGUGUCAGUCAGUUCGCACAACUUGGCGUUGUUCAUGCAACUGCGGGGAAUGAGGAAAAUUUGAAGGAGAAGCAUUCUCCUUUGGUUGAAUUCGCGAAACCGACGGCUCCACCCGUCUCGCACGGUCUGAGGAAGUCGGAGAAGCGUGAAACACUUUCACCUCAAGCCAGUUCAGUUGUUAGUGUGUCAGCUCGAGCGAAAAAAUUUGAAGCGCUUUCUGAGGCGGCCGCAGCGUCGUGUUCACCAUGGAAUCAGCAUCGAAAAGGAGGAGGUGCAUCCAGGAAGCCUUCGACUGCACUGAAUAAUGCUGUUGGUGCUGUUGGGUCAAAGGUAUCGUCGCGUCGUGUGGCUGGUGAACGACGUGCAAUUGGUGAACGUCGAGAGUCUCAUGUCACCAGACAUCUUUUGAGUAAAUCGCUGGGAAAGUUAGAGUUAUUGGCGUCUGGAGUAGUAGUUGGUGGUAUGGGUGCAUCGAAUAAUGCCAACAAAACAUCUGCACCUGCCCUGGUGCAUACGCAGACUGCAUUCGGACUUGAUAAGUCAGCAUCGUCGUCGUCGUCGUCCGGCAGCACUGGACAUGCGCCGCCGAAACGUAUCAGUUUGGGAUGUUUGACGAACAUCAGUGAAUAUGUACGUUUCGUUGGAGGCAGCACUUCAAAAUGCGCAAAUUUACAAGAUUCUGGAACGGCAUCGGCUAAUUCGUCAAGCAUCUCAUCGGGUACUUUUUCGACAUCGAUGCGAAAGGGCACAAAACUGAAUCGUAAACGAUUGAAAUACGUGAACCGAGCGCUAACANGUUUCGUAUGA